AGCAGUAGCCCACAUCAGCUCCGAGGAGCGGGGCGUGGACUCAAACCAACUCUUCACUGCCCUUACAUUUGAGGAGACGGCGGACUUUCCGUGGGGGGGAAAAAAGGAAUAAAAGAGGAAAUCGAUCUAGUCGAAGCCGCUUUUGCAGGCUACAUGUUCCUGAUUUUAAAAGAGAAUCUGACUGCAGAAUAACCAUGGAUGACAUCUUCACUCAGUGUCGAGAGGGGAACUCUGUAGCCGUCCGCCUGUGGUUGGACAACACAGAGAAUGACCUCAACUUGGGCGAUGAUCACGGCUUCAGCCCCCUCCACUGGGCAUGCAGGGAGGGGAGGAGCGGUGUUGUUGACAUGCUCAUUAUGAGAGGUGCUCGUAUCAAUGUGAUGAACCGAGGAGAUGACACCCCGCUGCAUCUCGCCGCCAGUCAUGGACAUAGAGACAUUGUGGCUAAGCUGAUUCAGUGCAAAGCAGACCCCAAUACAGUCAAUGAGCACGGCAACACACCGCUCCACUACGCCUGCUUCUGGGGCCAAGAUGAGGUUGCAGAGGACUUACUGGCAAGUGGGGGCCAGGUGUGUGUUUGUAACAGGUAUGGACAGACACCUCUGGACAAGGCCAAGCCUCACCUAAGACAGCUCCUUGAAGAAAAGGCAGAGAAGAUGGGUCAGAGUAUGACCAAAGUGCCUUACAAAGAAACUUUCUGGAAGGGCACCAUGCGAACACGACCUCGUAAUGGUACCUUGAACAAGCAGGCCGGUAUUGACUAUAAGCAGCUUUCACUCUUGGCAAAGAUCAAUGAAAACCAGUCCGGAGAGUUGUGGCAGGGCCGGUGGCAAGGGGAUGAGAUUGUAGUGAAGGUGCUACAGGUGAGAGACUGGACAACGAGGAAGAGCAGAGACUUCAAUGAGGAGCAUCCUAAACUCAGGAUAUUUUCUCAUCCAAACAUUCUGCCUGUUCUCGGAGCAUGUCAGUCACCCCCGUCACCUCACCCCAUCAUCAUCACACACUACAUGCCAUAUGGAUCCCUCUUCAACAUACUCCACCAGGGCACGACUCUGGUGGUUGACCAAAGCCAAGCUGUGAAGUUUGCAUUGGACAUAGCCAGUGGUAUGGCGUUCCUUCACACCUUAGAACCAAUGGUUUCACGGCUUUACCUCAACAGUAAACAUAUAAUGAUUGACGAGGACAUGACAGCCAGAAUCAGCAUGGCAGACGCUAAGUUCUCCUUCCAGUGUCCUGGUCGUAGUUACGCUCCAGCAUGGAUGGCCCCUGAAGCCCUGCAGAAGAGGCCUGAAGACAUCAACAGAAGAUCUGCAGACAUGUGGAGCUUUGCGGUGUUGCUGUGGGAGCUUGUUACCCGGGAGGUCCCAUUUGCGGACCUCUCAAACAUGGAGAUAGGCAUGAAGGUGGCUCUUGAAGGUCUUCGGCCUACCAUUCCACCGGGGAUUUCUCCUCAUAUCUGUAAGCUGAUGAGGCUCUGCAUGAACGAAGAUCCAGCCAAGAGGCCCAAGUUUGACAUGAUAGUCCCCAUUCUGGAGAAGAUGCAGGACAAGUGAACCAUUUGGCAGCAACACUACAUUCUUUUAUAUCUCCAAACCACUCUGUAUCUUCACUUCAAUCAUGUACUUGCUAAGCCACUGUAAAUACUGUCAGAGACCACUCCAGCUACACAAUUCAUAAUAAGUAUUAUAUUGCCUAUCUUGUAUAAUUUAAAUUUGAGGUAUAAAUGUUCUUAAGCUUUUACUGUCUGUUGCUCUUUUACUAUGGCUGAAAUAUGUUCAUUGAAAUAUUGGCUUUUUUUGACUCUGACAAAGACCGAUCCAAAGACGUGUAUAGGAACAAUGCUUUUAUAAACAUGAGCAAAUACCAAUGCAAUAAAUGUUUUAUAUUUAUGACAAA